AUGGAUGUUUCUCAUGAAGAACCUGAGCUCCAGCCCGAGGAGACAGAAGAGAAUGACCUGAACAGAGAAAAGACUGAGAAUGAUUCAGAGGCAUCCUGUACCUUCACUAGAAGAGAAAGCAAGGAGAAUCCUCUGAAAACAAACAGGAUGGAUGUUUCUCAUGAAGGAACUGAACCCAAGCCAGAGGAGACACCAGAAAAAAGGAGGAGAACAGACAGAGAAGAGAACAAUCUGAACAGAGAAAAGACUGAGAACAAUUCAGGGGCAUCCUCCUCCCUAAAAAGAAGAGAAAGCAAGGAGGAUACUCUAAAAAGAAAGAGGAUGGAUGUUCCUGAUGAAGAAACUGAGCCUAAGCCAGAGGAGACACCAGAAAAAAGGAGGAGAACAGAGACAGAAGAGAACCAUGAAAAGACAGAAAAGACUGAGAAUGAUUCAGAGGCAUCCUGCUCCUUCACUCGAAGAGAAAGCAAGGAGAAUCCUCUGAAACGAAAAAAGAUGGAUGUGUCUCAUGAAGAACCUGAGCUCCAGCCAGAGGAGACACCAGAAAAAAGGAGGAGAACAGAGACAGAAGAGAACCAUGAAAAGUUAACAGCAAAGUUUCAUGGACGCUACACUGUGGGAAAUCUGCUGGGAGAAGGAGGCUUCGGUGCCGUCUAUGCAGGCCUUCGGAAGUCAGAUGGGAAAAAGGUGGCCAUUAAAUUUGCACUCAAGCAAGAAUAUGAACCAUUUAUCACUCUUCCCGGUGACACACGCAGACUCCCUGUUGAGGUGGCGCUAAUGGAGCUUGUGUGCAAGCCGCCUCGCUGUCCAUAUGUGAUAGAGCUGCUGGAAUGGUUCGAGACACCCACAUCUUUCAUCUUGGUCCUGGAGCGGCCCGACCCCUGCGUUGAUCUUUACAAGUACUGUAGACGUCUACACAAAAGCAUGUCUGAAUCUCUGGCUCAGAUCAUCAUGGAGCAAGUAGUUCGAGCUGCAUGUCACUGCCGAGACCGGGGUGUGCUCCAUCGAGACAUCAAGGAAGAAAACAUUCUCCUGAACCCUCACACCCUGGAAGUGAAGCUGAUCGAUUUCGGCUGUGGUGAUCUACUUAAGGACACCCCCUACACGGAAUAUGCGGGCACUCCAAUCUUCUUCCCACCUGAAUGGAUCGUCGAACAAAAGUACGAGGCGGAACCUGCUACUGUCUGGGGUCUGGGUGUACUCCUGUAUAGCCUGUUGUGUGGAGAAGAGCCUUUUUAUGAACGCGUCGAGAUUGUUAAAGGCAAGCUGCACCUCCCUAAAGAUCUGUCUAAAGCUUCCUGCAGUCUGAUAAGGUGGUGCCUGGAACGGGAUCCUCUAAGACGACCAACCCUCAAGCAGAUCCUCACACAUGACUGGUUCUGA